AUGGGCUGGCCUCGCGAGGCAGAGCAGCUCUCGCGAGACGAGCCUGAGCGGCGGAAGCGGACGCUGGCGCCGGACCCCAAGCCCCAGGAGGUGAGGGCGGGCUCGCCGAGGGCCGCAGUGCGCCGGAAGGGGUCCGACCGCCCGACGGCCGCGUCCCCUCCGCCUGGAGGCCCGCCGCCCGAGCCUCGGGGGCUCCCUGGCCCGGGGACCCUCGGCUUCCUGAGGGAAGAGGACGAGGGUCAGGGGGCGGCGGAGGGCCGGCAGCGGGCCCGCCUGCUCCCACGGGAACCGACUCGAGAGGAGUCAGGAGGCCACCCCACAGACGCGCUCGAGACGCGUGCCGCUCUCCCGUCCCGGCGUGAUGCCGCAGCACUCUCCCAGCCGCGGGCUCCCCGGCCCGGGAAGGCUCUCGCCCGCUCUCCGGGGGCAGCGGGGAGACCCCCGCCCGCCUUCUGGUCGCCAUCCCCACGUCCCCCUGAAGGCCCGACUCGCCCUCCGCGGGGACACGCCCACACCGCCCAGCUGCGGAGGACGCGCACCGACCCCGCCACGCUCGCCCUCGCCUCCCGGGUGGCCCGCCAACAUCCUGGGCCGCGGGAGGGGCCUCUAGGGGAGCCCCGCGGCCCAGCGCUGGGGGGCGCCGGAGCCUGCCGGCACUCACGCGGGGACUGGCCGCGCGGCGCGCCUCCGCAGCCCCAGCCCCUCGCCUGCGCCCCGCCCCUCUCCUCGCCCCGCCCCCGCCUUCCUCUCUCCCCCGCCUCUCUCCUCUCCCCUCCCUGCCUCUCGCCCUGCCCCCGCCCCGGCCCGCGUCUCCGGGCCGCCUCCGCUCUGCCCAGGGGACUCCGGACCUCGGAGCGGUGGGACGCGAAGGAGCUGCGCCGGACGGCGUGA